CACUUACUCACUCCCUCUUUCUCGCUCUCCCUCCUCUCUCUCCCUCCCUCUCUCUCUCUCUCUCUCUCUCUCUCUCCCAAUCGCUGAUUAGAUAUACUGAUUUCUUCUUUCAAUGGACGUCAUUUAGUGCAGACUCUGCCUUGAGUUGCCUUUCCUCGCUUCACGCUCGAUUUCCGACCAUUCUUUUCCUUAUUAAGCAUUCGUGUCAUAUUAAUAGUCAUGAGUAUCUUCUAUUAGGAGUCCAGAGGAAGAGGAAGAACGAGCAGAUCUGUGCUAAAUAUGAGCUCAGGCGAAGGGACGGCAGCACUGUGAUAGAACCGGGAGAUCGGGGAGAGAAAAGGGAUACCGAGAAAACUUUCAACCUAAACCCACCCAGACCGUCCGUAUCUGCGAUUUUUAGUCUCAAAUGAAGGGCAGUGGGAAUCUAACCAAAUUCUGAUGGAUUAUCGUCCCGCCGUGGCUCGUAUCUGACCGCUGGGCACCGUGAUCUUUGCAGUGUGAAAGCCGAUUUCUGAGUGGUUUCAUUUUUGUUGGCUCAGAAAUCCCUGUUGUUUUUACAACGUUUUUUGAACUAAAUUUCUUCUUUUUUUGAAUCGCACGAAAACCAUUACAGAUGUUGGUGCACAGUUUUUCCGCGAUGGACCGCCACGACGGCGGCAGCAACGGGACAGCUCGGCUACCUCAGCUGGGCGGCGUUGGCCAGAGUCCGUACACGAGCGCCCCGCCGCUCUCCCACACGCCCAACUCCGACUUUCAGCCUCCAUACUUCCCGCCACCCUACCAGCCCAUCUACCCGCAGUCUCAGGACCCGUACUCGCACGUCAACGACCCGUACUCUCUGAACUCCCUGCACGCCCAGCAGCAGCCCCAGCACCCGGGCUGGCCGGGCCAGAGGCAGAGCCAAGAGAGCAGUUUGCUCCACCAGCACCGCGGCUUGCCCCACCAACUGUGUCGGGAGUAUCGCAGGGAGGUGCUCCUACCUUCGGGCCACGGACUUGAUUCGGGACUGUCAGAUUCUAUCCCUAUUCAUGGAAUACCUCAUUCUUUAGAAGACGUCCAGCAUGUCGAGGACCAAGGAAUCCACAUUCCCGACCAGACAGUAAUUAAAAAAGGUCCAGUUUCUCUUUCCAAGAACAACAACGUCUCUGCCAUCCAGAUAAAUAAGGACGGUCUCUUCGGCGGCGUGGUGAACCCCAACGAGGUGUUCUGCUCGGUUCCGGGUCGCCUCUCCCUGCUCAGCUCCACAUCAAAGUACAAGGUCACUGUGGCGGAAGUACAGAGACGCCUCUCGCCACCCGAGUGCCUCAACGCUUCUUUGCUGGGAGGGGUUCUGAGAAGGGCCAAGUCUAAGAAUGGAGGAAGAUCCUUAAGGGAGAAAUUGGAUAAAAUUGGCUUAAAUCUACCUGCUGGCAGACGCAAGGCGGCGAACGUUACCCUGUUGACGUCACUAGUCGAAGGCGAAGCCGUACAUCUUGCCAGGGAUUUUGGUUAUGUAUGCGAGACAGAGUUUCCAGCCAAGGCAGUAGCUGAAUAUGUAAACCGUCAGCAUUCCGACCCAAACGAACAAGUCCAAAGAAAAAAUAUGCUAUUGGCAACGAAGCAAAUUUGCAAAGAAUUCACAGACCUGCUUUCCCAGGACCGCUCGCCGUUGGGGAAUUCUCGACCACAGCCUAUUCUUGAACCCGGGAUUCAGAGCUGCUUGACCCAUUUCAGUCUAAUUUCUCACGGAUUCGGGACCCCCGCAAUGUGCGCGGCCCUCACCGCGCUCCAGAACUACCUAACCGAGGCUGUAAAGGCCAUGGACAAAAUGUACCUCAACAACAACCCAAACAGUCACUCAGACAGCGGGUCGAAAGGCGGAGACAAAGACGAGAAGCACAGAAAGUGA